AUGGCGCGCCUGCGGCACGAGUACACCCACGACGAGCACUUGGAAGGAUUUUGCCUCUACGGCGUCACGGCGGCCGCCUUCGUGAAAGGACGACGUCACAUGCUUUCAAUGGAGCCGCAGCACUUCGAGGUCCAUGGCAAGAAGUACUUUGCCCCCAGUGUGGGCCUUGCAGAGAUGGAUACAGCAUACACCAUGGUCACUGACUCCAACAGCAAAGGCGGCAUCGAGUUCAGCUUUCUGGAAAACUCAGGUUGGGCUGUAGCCCUUGAGGACAUCAUCGUCAAUCUGGAGGACCAGAAGGCUCAGCUGGGCCGGCCCUUCGGUCGCCCUUCUGGCUGGCCACCACUGGAGCAGCAGCCGGUCUCAGGACUAGCCAAGAGCGCUGCAAGCCUUCGGCUGGAGCGGCUCGCUAUCCUGGGGGUAGGAGACCAUCUUACCGCCACGUUCGAUGCUGUACUCAUGGCGGAGACAAGUUUGAUGGACGGGGAGGACUUCCAGGUUCACCGCGACUUCCUGGGGCGCUUCUGCCCCAAACACCUGGGCCAGCGCCACCAGUGCCGGCAACGCUGCGCCCUGCUGGGCGACUGCCAGGCAGAGGAGGGCAAGGACCCGAUCGCGGAGUGGUUGGAUGGCAUCAUCCACCCGGAGUCCCUGGAAGAGCUGACUUUUGACCUGGAGGAAAGGCAGCGCCGCCUGGCGGAAGUUGCUCAGAGCGAUGCCAGGCUAAGGGAUGCCGACCUCAUCGUUUGCUCACAUCCAACGCUGCUGUGCAUUAUCCUCGCGCAGGUGUCUUCGCGGCCGCUCUUCACGCACGCCUCCUCCACGCUUCUCUAUGGCUUGCGCUGCCCCGACUGUGUGGAGCACCACAGCAACCUGCGGCACUUUGGGCGUUCGGCACUGGCGCAGAGGUUCUUGCGCAUGGCUUCGCGCCAUCUCCGGCGCGGCUUCCUGGCGGAGGGCCGGUUCCUGGCCGAGCAGAUCCGGCACCAGGUGGGCCUUGCAGUGCCUUGGGCUCCGCCCUUGGCGUUGUACAUCGCCCACGGCUCCUGGCGAGGUAGCGGCGGAGCCGUGCGCCGGGCGGUGGUGCUGAGGUCUCGGUUUUUUGUGUCCCUCAUGGGCGAGCUCAUGCGCUCGCUGCUGCGAGAGAUGGUGUCCAUCAACUUCCCAGAGCACCCCCUGGAGGUUGUCUUCCUGGGGCAGGACAACCAGUUUGAGGAGAGCAGUGGCUGA